AUGGAAGCUCCGGGGGGGCUGAAGAUGGGCAUACUCAUACCCAGCAAUGAUGCUGGGAGGCUCAUCGGCAAGCAAGGUGCGGGCCUGAGGCAAGUCCGGGAGAUGUCCCAGUGCAACAUCAAGCUCGGUCAAGAUCCAGAUUCUCAAGGAAACCGCAGAUGUGACAUUAGUGGUCCGACAGUGGAGCACAUUGCCAGUGCGGUGCAUGCGGUAGCGACCCGCAUUUUCGAGUCUGGCGGAGAGGCCCAGUGCAAAAUGUUCGUGGCCUUCCCCAACGAGUACGUCGGUGCAGUCAUCGGCAAAGGCGCAGAGAAUCUCAGGCGCAUACGGGAAAUGACCGGCGCAAACUUGCAGUUGAUGAAGGACGUGAUGAGCGACCAGGGCGACCGGGUCGGUCAGCUCGUCGGCGUCCAGAAUCAGCUGGGAGCCGCCGUCCGGAUAGCGCUGAGCGUCGUUGGCCAAGCUUCUGGCAACAUGCCAGCGGCGAUGCCAAGGGCGAACGCCUUCUACGGCGGCGGAAUGGGCCAGCAGGCGAUGCAGCCGAUGCAGCAGAUGCCCAUGCAGCCGAUACAGGGAAUGCACCAGCCAAUGUCCAUGUCACCCAUGGGCCAGCCACUGCCGCUCACGGGUGUAAAGCGGGGCAGCGGUGACGUUAACGAAAUGCAAGUGCACAUGGUGAUUGCACCAAAGUAUAUUGGCGCUAUCCUCGGCAAGGAGGGCGCGCAGAUCAAGCAAAUAACAGCAGACACUGGCUGCGCCAAUGUCUCUGUCACGCGGAAAGAGCCGGGGAAUCUUGGCGACCGCCGUGUAGUUGUCCUUGGAGGCUUCGAGGAGUGUGCGAAUGCACAGCGAUCUGUGUACCAGCUUUACUUCUCGGCAGCACAGACCGCCGGCGAGGAGGUGAAGGACAUCACCAUCAUACUCAUGGUUCCGCAGCACGCAGCAGGAGCGGUCAUCGGCAAGGAGGGCGCCAACCUCAAACAGCUCCGGGAGCAGCUCAACCUUAGGGUGAACCUGUCCCGAGAGGUCGUAGAAGGCUUCCGGCCCUGCAAUUUGGUCGGGCCACUGGAGUCUAUCCUGAUGGCCGAGAAGCAGAUUCAGGAUCAGGUGCUCCAGCUACCGCCGCCAACGAGCGAGGACCGUAGCAACGGCACCAAGCGAUUUGGGGAGGACGAGGCCAUGCCGGGUGCCUUCGCGGAGGUCGAGAGGCCGAUGAAGCGGCCCCGGAUGAUGGCGGGGCCGGCGCCCGGCGAGGGAACCACGAAACUGUUGGUGCCCUCCACCAGUGCCGGGGCGAUCAUCGGCAAGUCGGGCUCAGUUCUGAAACAGAUCCGGGAGAGCUGCGGGGCGAGUCUAGAAGUUCUGCCGCAGGCGGACACGCCUCACCUGCAGUCGGACCGCCUUGUUACCCUACGGGGGCCGCCCAACUGCCGCGAAGCGGCGCUCGCGAGGGUGUUGCAAGCAGCUUUUGACAAAGAUCAGAUGAACACCAACCUGAAGCUCUUGGUGCCUGGGCCAACGGCCGGCGCCGUGAUCGGCAAGCAAGGCUCCACUUUGAAGGCCAUACGGGACCAGACAGGCCUCUCGGUUCAGGUGGAGAGGGAGGAGAUCCACGGAGAUCGCCUUGUCUCCGCCCAGGGGGCCUUGGCUUCGGUUCUCGGAGCUGCCUCCAUGAUCCUCCAGGCUGUUGAGAACUCCAGCGCUGGAAAACAAGCCGCCGCGGCGCCCAUGGGGAUGAUGGGAGCUCCUCCUCCGCCUGGGCCGCCCCUGCAGGGCGAUGUUUGGAUGCCGCAGGCCUGA